UUGAACCUGGCUGUCCAUUUGAUCUUCACUUCUCCCCUUCCCCACCAUUGCCUCCCUCAUAAUAAGGUGGCAAGGAGAAUCCAGAUAAGUGGGACACAUCUGUGUCUCCUGGUGCUGGAUGGGAAGGAGUAUGAGCAGGCUGUGGCGCAGGGUUAUGACCUCAAGGCGCUGACCAGGGCACAGCGCGGAGAAGACUGGGAACCGCCCAGACUCUGCCACAUCGCCAGAGACUCCAGUCCGUGCCUUGGGCUCAGGAUUCUCCCAGUGGAAGGGGAGAAGGGCAAGUUUUCUAUGAGUCCAGCCAGUGGGGGUGCAGCUGAGAAGGCGGGGGUACGCAAGGGGGACCGCCUGAUUUGGCUGGAUGGCGCCACUGUGUCUGAACUCUCUCACUCAGCAAUCAGCAAGAUGGUGAAGAAAUGUGGCGAUCACAUGACAGUCCUGGUGAUUGACAGCAAGAGUGAGCAGACCUACACAAGUCGCCGGAUGCCCAUUCUCCCCGCGAUGGCUGUCGCCCACAACCUGCCACACAAGCCCCAGAAGCAGCACCUCGUCCAAGGCCCCGAAGGGUACGGUUUCCUCCUGAGACAGGAGAAAACCGCCUCCAAACGCGCUGUUCAUGCACUGCGUGAGGUGGACCCUCACAGCCCAGCAGAGCUGCUGGGUAUACAGGAAGGAGAGCUGCUGCUGGGAGUGAAUGAGGAACUCAUCGUAAACAUGAGGCAUAAUGAUGUUGUCAACAGGAUCCGUCAGAGUGGCCAGCAGGUCACACUUACCACCAUUAGCUCUCAAGGCCUGGAUUUCUUCACAAGGCUUGGUCUUUCACCAUUGCUUUUCUAUGAGGACCUCUCAGCUGCUGAACCAAUUGGAAGUGCAAAACUCCACCAGACUGCUGACCACUGCAGUGACCUCCAGUGUGUUCCAGCAGAGGAGCCUCCCCGGCCAAGGCGCUGUGUCCUCAGUAAGGGUCCCAAUGGCUACGGCUUCCACUUGGGAUGCGUGCUGCUGAAGCCUGGAACCUUCAUAAGCCAGGUAGCAGCAGAGGGACCAGGGGGAAAAACUGGGCUGCUGAAAGGAGAUGUGGUGAUGGAGGUGAAUGGAGCAAACGUGGAGGAGGAGUAUCUGGAGGAUGUGAUAGUACUUGUUAAAGAGGGUGGUAGUUCUCUCUCUCUGCUGGUCAUAGAGCCCAAGGGAUAUGAGAAGCUGCUGCAGAGCAGGAUCAUCGGCAGAGCAGAAAAGACCGCUGAUGGCUCUUAAUUAACAUGCAGUGAUAAAGUAUGCACUCAGUUCUUACAGGAAUCAAAUUUUUAACCACAGGCAAGCAAUUGGUUAAAUAAUGUGUUCAUACCUUAAGCCAAAUAGUGUCAUACACUAUGUAUUGAUUGCAUUGACAUACGGCAUGCAGCAUGUAAUUGUACAUUUAAAGAACUCAUUUUGCCCAUUAAUCAUACCUUUUGGAUUGGUUUAUAGUACGAUAGAUGGUACAUGAACCUUCAUUCAAAGAAUGUCAGGAUUUGCAGAGCACAGUACAUUUAGAAACUAGUUGUAUUAGAAAUGUACAGUGUGUACCUCUUUAUAUUAUGAUCUUGAACAUUUGCACAUGUUGACCUAUGCACUAUUGUCUUCUGCGUCAUAAAAAAAGCUUAACUGCAAUAUUUCAAAAUACAAAUACUAGUACAUAUUCUAACUUUAUCAGUGUUUUUGCCCUAAGGUUUUUUGUGAAACCACAGUCUCCAGAUUAUAAAGUAAGCAAGCGUUUUAUUAGUUUGGAUGAAGUUUGGAUCUAGUUUGGUGAUUAUGGUUGUUGGUUAUAUUUUGAGGAUUGUUUUUGUUGUCUUAGUCAUUCACAUACAGGUAUCUGCAGAAUGCUGUAUUUAUUAGUAAUGGUUGUUUAGCUGUUGUAAUUAAAUGUUUAUGUGAAAAUUUAAAUUAUUUAGGGAAAUGUGUAAAAUGUCUUUUCUCUCAAUAAAUCUUGUUCAUUUUUUCUUGUUGUAGAAUCUUGCCUGUUUGUACCACUAGAACAAGCGUGGGUUGAAGUUUAUCUAAGACUAUACCAGACUAUCACUGGAGAGGCUAGUGAUCGCAACCAUGAUAUCUUCCCUUUAUUAGCGACUUGAAAAAUGUAUAGUGCUUUCUAGCAGUUUUGUUUAGGUAUUCCCUGAUCCCCGUUUUUUUUCUCCAGAACUUCACAGUAUUAAUCGAUGGAUUGAUGAGUAGGCCUAUAAUAUCCCAUUAAUUAUUUUACAGACAACACAAAAUAUAGCUGAAUGAAUAAGGUCAAAACGACUGAUCAAAUGAAUACUGAGCUUUACAAAAAUAAUUGAUCAUCAAUCAUCACCAUCUCACAUGUGCUGUUUCUUUCAUUGUCAUUUUAGUCUUCUUGGUAAACACAAACACUCGAACAAAUCUAUGCUUCCCAAAUUGAUUAAGUGGUGCAGAUAUUAAUAAAAAAAAUGUCAAGAGGCCCCAAUUGUACCUUGAGAUCAUCAUUGAGACCUGCAGCGUCUGGGGCUCGAAGUGCAACCAGCGACGAACCAAGUGGUGACAUCCUUAACUCUGCCUGUCUUUCUCUGGCAUUGCCGGACUAUGCCAAUU